ACCCGAAGGCUGCCGACGUCACCAUGAGAGCGGCUCCUACCCCUGCUCCAGAGCUCGGCUCUUUUGCAUUGCACUCCAGAUUCACCCUGAAUCCCGAGGGGGGGAGGGAGGAGCGGGUCUAGCCGGAGAGAGCGCAUCGGCUGCAGCUGCAGGAACGGGGCGAAGGGCAGCUCCAGCGCCAUGCUGCCUUUGUGCAAAGUUGGCGGGCGGCUCUCUGGCGUUGCGCGCCCCGUGUAAGGAGCGGCUGCUGCUGCUGCUGCUGCCGGGGGCCGCCGCCGUUGCUCAGCCACGGAGGCUGCAAGGCACCAGUCCCUGCCGGUCUCCGGUACAUGGAUGCUGACAUGGACUACGAAAGACCUAACGUUGAAACCAUCAAGUGUGUGGUUGUUGGUGACAAUGCAGUGGGGAAGACUCGCUUAAUUUGUGCAAGAGCAUGUAACACCACCCUGACGCAGUAUCAGCUGCUAGCAACUCACGUUCCUACAGUCUGGGCAAUUGAUCAGUAUCGAGUCUGCCAAGAGGUUCUUGAACGUUCCCGGGAUGUUGUUGAUGAAGUGAGUGUUUCUCUCAGGCUCUGGGACACAUUUGGCGAUCAUCACAAAGAUAGGCGCUUUGCUUAUGGAAGGUCCGAUGUUGUUGUCCUGUGUUUUUCCAUUGCUAACCCUAAUUCCCUGAAUCAUGUGAAAACCAUGUGGUAUCAAGAAAUCAAGCAUUUCUGUCCUCGCACACCUGUUAUUCUGGUUGGUUGCCAACUGGAUCUUCGAUAUGCUGAUCUGGAAGCUGUAAACCGAGCCAGGCGGCCAUUAGCAAGGCCUAUCAAACGGGGAGACAUCUUGCCACCAGAAAGAGGCAGAGAAGUUGCCAAGGAGCUUGGGAUACCAUAUUACGAAACCAGUGUAUUUGACCAGUUUGGUGUCAAGGAUGUGUUUGAUAAUGCCAUUAGAGCUGCCCUGAUCUCCAGGAGACAUCUACAGUUCUGGAAAUCGCAUUUGAAGAAAGUUCAGAAGCCUUUGCUUCAAGCUCCAUUUCUACCUCCAAAGGCACCUCCUCCGGUUAUCAAAAUCCCAGAGUGUCCCAUCACCAGUAUCAAUGAAGCUGGAUACUUAUUGGACAAUCCAUUGUGUGCAGAUGUCAUGUUUAUCCUCCAGGAAGAUACUCACAUUUUUGCUCACAAGAUCUACCUAGCUACCUCCUCUUCGAAGUUUUAUGACCUUUUUUUAAUGGAAUGUGAAGAAACCCCAGACUUAUCUGAAACUCCUUGCAAUAAAGAAAGGGCCAGUAGAAGCUUUAUGGCCAGAAAAUGCAGCCUUGAAACAGAUGAGAGUAGUGAGAUGGCAACCUUAAAAUCUUCUAAUGCCAAACUCACAUCAUUAGCAGGUGGUGGUAACCCUUUAACAAGGUUAGAGCUUGAAGCAGGGGAAGUCAGUUGCCUGAAGCAAGCGCCAACAUUUUUGGGCAAAGGCUUUGUUAGCAUGCAUAGAGAAAUGCAAGUCAACCCUGUUUCAAAGAGGACUUGUGCUGUAACAGUGGUCAAGAUAGAUGCUUCUAUUCAGCCUGGGCCUUUUAAAACUGUUCUGCAGUUUUUGUACACAGGGCAGCUGGAUGAAAACGAGAAGGAUCUUACCAGAGUAGCUCAGAUUGCUGAGAUAUUGGAAGUGUUUGACCUGCGGAUGAUGGUGGAAAACAUUACGAAUAAGGAAGCCUUCAUGAACCAGGAAAUUACAAAGGCUUUCCAUGUCAGAAAAGCUAACAGGAUAAAAGAAUGCCUCUCUAAAGAAACAUUUUCUGAUGUGACGUUUAAGCUGGAAGAUGGAAACAUUAAUGCUCACAAGCCGCUACUGAUCUGUAGCUGUGAAUGGAUGUCUGCAAUGUUUGGAGGAUCGUUCAUUGAAAGCUCAAACACUGAGGUUGUUCUUCCCAAUAUAAACAAGACUUCCAUGCAAGCAGUUCUGGAUUAUCUGUACACCAAGCAGCUAUCAUCCAGUCAGGAGUUGGAUACGCUUGAAUUAAUUGCACUGGCAAACAGAUUUUGCCUCCCACACUUGGUUGCGCUUGCAGAGCAGCAUGCUGUGCAGGAGCUUACCAAAACAUCAGUGAGUGGUGUUAGCAUAGAUGGAGAUGUGCUGUACGAUUUGGAAAUAGCCCAGUUCCACAAUGCUAACCAGCUGGCGGCUUGGUGCUUGCACUAUAUCUGCACCAACUACAACAGUGUUUGUUCCAAAUUCCGAAAGGAAAUCAAAACUAAAUCUCCUGAUAAUCAGGAAUAUUUCGAGAGGCACCGCUGGCCUCCUGUGUGGUACCUUAAGGAAGAAGAUCAUUUCCAGCGUGUUAAAAAGGAAAGAGAAAAGGAAGACAUUGCACUGAAUAAACAUCAUUCAAAACGAAAGUGGUGCUUCUGGAAUUCCUCCACAGUUGUUGUCUGAGAAAAGGAGAGGCAAACCUAUCAAUAGAGUGGCUUGGAGAACAUUUCUUUAGAGGAAGUCUUAUCAUGAAGGAGAGCACCUCAGUCCACUGAGAACCAUUCUUGUACCAGAUGCCAUUGAAGUAAAUGGGAGUUCAUUUCAGUGGUGCUUCCACCGAAGUUUCUGGUGGAUUGUGCAGAAGAUGUUUGGGGCACUUGUUUCUAUUCCACCUGUGUGCAUUUAUCAUCUCUAAGGUCAACAAGCACAAGCUCACCUGAAGUGGGUGUGAAACUGCUCCUUAAAAUGUCAAACGUUUGUAUUUUUGUUUGUUUGUUUAUAAGCUAAAAUACUGUGUAAAAUCAGUAUUGGUUUUCUUUUUCUUUCUUUUUUUAUACAGACCGACAACAAAUCCCAGCAAUUAAUAUUUCAAUCUCCAAAGUGGACAGUAUUUUUAUACAGUUGUGUAUGUAUGUGAAGGUCUUUAU